AAGGACGAGAAGUCACUGUAGUUUUCAGCAGGGGUGGAAGGAUUACGUGAAGAGACCAUGGAAUUCUUGUAUUGAUGUUCUGCGGAACAGGGCUAUAGCCGAGCUGAUUAUCCCCGGGUCUACAUAAAUUGACCCUGAAUCCACCAGAAGGAAUAGUGGCAGGUCCUAUGAAUGAAGAGAAUUUCUUUGAAUGGGAAGCCUUGAUCAUGGGUCCAGAGGACACCUGUUUUGAGUUUGGCGUUUUCCCGGCUAUUCUGAGCUUUCCCCUUGACUACCCACUAAGCCCUCCAAAGAUGAGGUUUACCUGUGAAAUGUUUCAUCCGAACAUUUACCCUGACGGGAGGGUUUGCAUCUCUAUACUUCACGCUCCCGGAGAUGACCCGAUGGGUUACGAGAGCAGUGCUGAGCGAUGGAGCCCCGUGCAGAGCGUGGAGAAAAUCCUCCUGUCAGUCGUGAGCAUGUUGGCAGAGCCAAAUGAUGAGAGCGGAGCCAAUGUGGAUGCAUCCAAAAUGUGGCGGGAUGACAGAGAGCAGUUUUACAGAAUUGCCAAGCAGAUUGUACAGAAGUCCCUUGGGCUCUAAAACACUCUUCCUCCCUUCGACAAACGUGCACACGCACAAGUUGCCUGUGACCACAUAAGCCACCAAGAGAUGACAGUGUUUUUCCUCGAACUGUUGGUAAUCAUAGUGCUCCGUACCAACCAAAUAAGGGAAACUUGCAGAACUUAGAAUAUCCAUCUUUUUUUCCCCGCUUUUUCCUUCCUUUCCCCAAGAACCUUCUGCUCAAAAGCUAGACUUUGUGUAAAAUGACAAUUUAAUAGGUUUUUUAAGUAUUCCUCUGAGAUGCCAGUGCUACCUCCCGCCAUUGAAGAGUUUACGACCUUGACAAAUCCUGCUUUGCUCAAGCCAGGCAGACCACUUGGUUGCUUUCUUUCCCCAGCACAACUGGUGGACCAAGGUUGAACUCUCAAUGGAAUGGAAUCAGUAACACACACUCUCUCUCUCUUUCUCUCUCUCGAUAAGAUUCAUUUUCUCUGGCUACACCCUUAGUGAAAGAAUGUUGAAGCAAUUUGCUAAACAAGUUGUGGGUAUUUUUAGAUGUGCCACGCAGGGAAUGCUACCAACCAUUUCUGCCUUUACAUAUUCCAAGGUGAAUAAGAUUUUCUGGUAACCCGGUUGAAACAUGAUUCUCUAGAUUGUAUUUUUUAAGGCAAAUUUAAAUAUAGAUAGCUGCAUAUCUAUAUUUAAAUUUGAAAUAUAUAUAUAUAUAUGUAUAUAUAUUUGCCAGAAAUGAACUUCGAAAAAGUGGUUUAUCAAAAGGGGUGACUAGGAAAAGAAAUGAACAGGGUAAGUUUUAGAACUUGAUUCAAACUCUCUGGAAAUGUUUAUGAGAUUCCAUUUUAUUUAGUAUUCCGGAAUCACCAGAACAAGUGAAUGUGGAGAGUGUAAGUCUAACUUCGACUUCCAGCUCCAUAUCCUUAAAGGCUGCAGCUCUAGCUGUCUGCCUUAGGCAGAUGUAGACUAUUGAAAUCAAGAGGCUUUUAGAAAUUGCAAAAUGGAGAUAUGCCUGCAAUUAAUAAAGAGCACGGAGGUGUGCCUUAAUCUCCUUUUCAUUACCGGUAGGGGUUUAUAGAGGAGGAAUGCAUUUUUAGGUUUUCUUCCUUCAUUUAAUCCCCAGAGUCUCCAAAAUUAGUUCAGAGCACUCUGGCGUUUGUUAUUUCCCAAUGAGUCCUGUGACCAAGUCUUGAUGCUCUGUAGACUCUUUCAGGUUUACAGCACAGAAAGCUAAGAGAUUGCAUUAUAAGCAAUAACAUUUAUUUGUUGCAUGAAGAAUCAGAUUUUGCGGUCUGCUUUAAGCAGACUAAAUUUAACAAGGAAUUUCUAUUUUUAAAAUAAAAAAGAGGGGUGUGUCAGUAUUUGGUAUUUUUAAUUUGCAUUAUUUCAUCUUUUUCUUGACCCAGUGUCUCGUGGACAAUGGAAUUCAUUUUUAUUGAAACCUCAUCCAUAAAUUUGUGGUGUUCUUCAUUGUUGGAGUGGGUGGGAACGAGGUCCUUUCCCAGAGAGAGAUUCUUUUAGGGUGGAAGGGAAAUGAAACUGUAGGUUUUGAAGGGUUAGGGAAAGGAGUAGUAUUGAAUGAAAUAGUAUUUGCAAGUACACAGGAAAAUGCAGCCUUUUUAUGCAGUGGGAACUGCUGUGUGCAUUGGCAGAUGCAUUAUUCGAUAGCGAUGAUUUUAGCUUCAGCGUCCAGAAUCCUGUAGCCUGAAUAGGAAACAACUGGCAAAGGAGGACACUUUUCUCUUGUUUCCACAAGACUCUUAGGAAAUGAAAAGGUGGCUAGAGAAGAGGAUCAGUCUCUUUUUCAAAAGCAAAGUAUUUUUAUUCACUUGUAUUUAUUCAAAAAUGCAGUAUCUUUUUUUGUGGUGGAAUUUAAUCUCUAUAUUGAAAAUAAAGUUAUCUAUUUUCCCCCCUUG